CUUCUGCGCAUGCCCAGGUGGAAAAACCGGAAGUUGAGAGUUGGCAAAAUAUUUAAAAAAAUCUUCGGUUUUGUUGGAUUUAAGUUGAUAUGGUGAGCGAAACAAUGAUGUCAUCCAAUUAUUUUCAAAAUUGAGCAUCAUCGAAUGAAGCUACGAAUACCAAUGGAUUUCAAUGACUUAAACUUCAAUGACAUUUCUGAAAAGGUGCUAGAAAAUAUGCCAGAAGUGACAAUAAUGAAUGUUGCUAUAUCAAUAGCAUCAGGAGCCAUGGUAUUUGGCGGGAUCAUUCCGUACAUUCCACAAUACAGGGAUAUAAAACGUACCCAGAAUUCUGAAGGAUUCUCAACGUUUGUGUGUCUCACCUUGCUCAUAGCUAAUACACUCAGGAUUCUUUUCUGGUUUGGACGUCAUUUUGAGACGCCCCUUCUUCUCCAGAGCAUCAUCAUGAACAUUACAAUGCUUGUCAUGGUCCGUCUUUGCGUCAAUGUUAGAAACAAAUCUGACAUCAUUCCAGUGAAACCUAGAAAAUUCUCAGAUUUUGAUAGCAAGUACUUCUGGAGAUGGACUGAUUUCUCAAGUUAUGUGCAGUUCCUCUUAGCUCUAACAACCGUGGUUGGUCUCCUCACUAAUAUAUUCCUGGAGGUGCCAGUAUACAUAGAAACUCUAGGGUUCCUCGCAGUCUUCAUCGAAGCACUCUUAGGGACACCACAAUUUUAUAAAAACUUCCAGAAUAAGUCCACUGAUGGAAUGAGUAUAAAGAUGGUGCUUAUGUGGACAAGUGGUGACGUCUUUAAGACAAUUUAUUUUAUAAUCCGUUCAGCCCCUGCACAAUUCUGGAAAUGUAAAAUAGUAUUAUUAGAAAUGAGUGGAAUCAAGUAG